AUGCCAACAGCGGGGGUUGUUGGGCGGCCGUCGACGCCUUGCGGUCUUCGUGGCGAUCGCACCGCCUCGGGCUUACAAGUAGCGCCUUCGGUUGUCGAGUUCUCGGCUUUCGAACGACGUUCAUGCUACGUUGCGACUUUCAGCGUCCGGAACGCCAGCGACCGAGUGUUGCGCUUCCGGUUGACUCCACCACCGCACGCUUCACCGUUUAAAGUUCUGCUACGGGGUCGAGACCUCGCGAGGACGGAGAACGCCACAGUCUCUUUGCCAGCAGGUCUCAGUGUCAAAUACGACGUCACCUUCGAACUACCCGAAAGUGACGACGUUGCAGAACCCGAAAUGGCCACCCCCGCUAUCGUCCACGAUGUAUUGCACCUAAAAGGCGACGACGGCUCCUCUCUAGAAGUUCCGUUGCUGGCCAGACGUGCCUGUCCAUUACUGGAAGUGACGCCGCCGCUGUGCGAACUUGGACUCGUGGUGCUGACUCAACGCUCGGCUCGGUGUGUCGAAGUGCUGAACUGUGGUGCCCGAUCCGGAAGAUUUGCAGUUGAGGUGCUGGAUGCAAGUGACCAUUCCACGAAAGCUGCGAUCACAGUGUCACCACAACGAGGGACGCUGGAGCCAUUGGAAUCUGUGAAUGUUAAGGUGGAAGCAAAUGGACUGGAGACUGGAGACUUUCGAGGAAUUGUUCGAGUUCGGAUCUGGGAAUUUCUAGAGGACGCAGAGGACGAGCAUGCGAGUACAAAUACAGCGCCAUCUGCAGAGAAGAUCGUGGACGUGUCGGGUAGCGUAGUGGAGCACACGGCCGAGCUGGUGCUACGGCAAGGACUGGAGCCAGUACAUUCCUUGUUCUUUGGUUCGUUAUUUGCAGGCGAGACGCGUACAAUCGAGACGGUUCUAAGGAAUAAUGGGCCUCAACCUUUGUCGUUCAAGACUUCUGUCAGUUUUGGAGGCGCCGCAGGAGCGAUCGAAGAAGAUCGAGAAGUUUAUGAACGACGCAAGGAACUUCGAAUUUCUCCAGCUGAUGGUCAAAUCGACCCUUUUAGUGAGGCACCAGUGACGUUUACUUACCACCCACGAGCCAAAACAGUCGAAGAAAUCCAGCGAAUCGAACGCAAACAAGGACGUACAGCUCUAGACGAUGGAGGCUUUGACAGUAGUCUUGACUUCACGCUGCUACCAGCCCCAGCUGAACCUUUAACAGCCUUUGCGUCUAUCAUCUGUCGCGAGCUACAAGCUCAAAAUUUGACAUUUGAAGUCUCCGCGAAGACGUUUAUCCCUCGACUGCAGUUGGCACCUGUACCGCCUCUAGAUUUUGGCGACGUGCGGUCCUAUGAUCGAGCAGAUCUCUUAUUAUCUCUGAAGAAUUUAUCAGGACUCCUAGUGCGCUUUGAAGUUCCCAGAGGCGUGGCGCAUUACUCUGUCAGCCCACGUUCUGGCCGCUUGGAUGUGUUGCAGUCUCAGAGUCUCGUGGUGAGCUUCGCACCCACCCAAUUGGGCACUUUCAACAGCCAUUUGACCUUAAGGAUCAAUGACGGCGUGUUAGAAAUCCCUGUGAAGGUUCUCGGUCGAGCUGCUGUGGUUGGCCCCGUGCCUCCUGUUAGCGGGCGACUCGUGGGUGGCCUCUUGGCGCUGCCGGCUGAUUUCGCCCCAAAGUACAAAUUUCUACUGCCAGAACAAGCCAAGCAAAGCAAGGGGAAACUAUCCCGUCGAUUCCUGCGUCAACCUCCGUACGAACUGGCGGCGUUGAAUGGCACCGCUGCACUGGACGAAUUUGAGUUCCAGGGGACAAAUAACACGCAUCUAACCUACUGCGUCAAGGAGCUGGCGCGACGCGCGGACCAUCGAGCUGCGUAUCAUGACUAUCUCGCUCACUGUCGAGCUCAGCGUGAAGCCAAAGCGAAAGGCUGGAAAGGGAAAGCUCAGAAACUAAAGAAACGCGUGGCUCAGGCUCGUGGGAACAACCAGGAAGACGACGCGAAAGACGUCGAUCUGGGGAUGGACAGAACUCAGCCUCAGCAGCUUCGACUGCCAAAAUCGCUAGCUGGAGCCACCGAUCCUCUGUGGCUAAGCCAGCACUCGACUGGGGGCCCUACAGGACAAUCCAAGGCGUUUCUCGAUGAGCUCAAACGUAUCAAGAAGAAGUUCAAACCCGCGCCAGCCACACCCGCAGAGCUGGCGGAUUGCGCUCGAACGUUGGAGUUUGACGAGCUCGAACAGGUCGUUUCCGGUCCGAAAACUUUGAAUUUCGGUCGCUUGAGUGUCAACGGGAGUGCCACACGCUCUCUCACAGUGCAAAAUAACCUUCAACACAACGUCCUUGUGAGUCUACACUUAGGAGGAGGGAAGGACGGAGCGUCAGGGGCACUGGAAGAGCUCGCGCGCAAGACUUUGCUGACGUCUCAGGUGGUUCCUCCGCAUUCCAAGGCAGGGUUUGACCUGGUUUUCUGCUCUUCGAGAGAGCAAUUCUUCCAGCAGAGUCUCACGUAUUCCAUCAAUGGCACCCACCCGCGUCAAGUCACAACUGUCGCUGAAGUGGCCCCCAUCGUCGUGGAACUGGCACCUGAAGACUUACGCUUCGAGUUUGGCGCUCUGGAUCUGAGCUCCUCGAUAGCUCGUGAGGUUGUGAUCACCAAUACGUGCGACUCGGAAGCUCCAUUUGUAUGGACGCGUAUGCCUCUGAUCGCGACUCCUGAUGGCUCCUCCCGACCCGAGUCGUCCAAGAGUAAUGCCACCACUACAGUCACCACUAUGACGAUGGCUGAGCGACCUUCCAACGUCAAUACUACGACCGCAUUCGAGGUUCUUCCAGCCAGUGGCACGCUCGGACCGUCAGCUACCAUGGUCUGUAAGGUGGUCUACACUCCUCCGUCCAUGACCGGCGCUAACAUGGCUGCGUUGGGGGUCACGCACAAGCAUGGAGCCAUGUGGCUGGCUCAGAGCUUCCACUUGAACGUCACGGGAGGCGAGAAAGGGUUUCUAAACUGUCGAGCGCUUCUCUCGGAGGCUAAAGUGGUGGCAAGAGACAGGAAAGUGGACUUUGGGACCAUUUCCGUCGGCGUGGAGCGCGAGAAGAAAGUGUCUCUGGCCAACCUCGGGUUGCACACUCGCGCUGUCUUCUACGCCAGUAUCGAGCCUCAAUCGAUGAGUACGACCAUCGGACUGCACGUUUCUCCCGCUCAAGGCGUCGUGGACCCCCAGGAAUCGACGGACGUCACUGUCAAGCUCUUCCCGCAUCGUGCAAUCUCGUUGGACGGGAGUAAGGAGGCGCAAGUGAAUGUCAUUGUGAGUAUACGUGGCGGUAAAGUUCGUCGGCUUCCGGUAACUGCGUCGGUGCUCGUCCCCGACGUUUUCCUCGCUCCUGCUGACGCUGUUGACUUUGGAGAAGUGGUGCUUGGGGUCUCGGUUCCUCGCGUGAUUUCCAUGGAGAACCACAGCUCCAUCCCUGCGUGUUUACUGCUGGAUCUCGGCGCAUCCUUCGGCGAGUUCUCGUUAUCUACGCCUACUCGCUUACUCGCCCACCUCGAAGACGCCAGCAACAUCUUUGCGCCUUUAACUGACGACAAGUGGAGAGAUGAUGACGACAACGACGAAAGACUUUCCCCAAGUGACGCUCGCUGCUCCAAGUGGCAGAUCUGCCUGCCUCCUCACGCCACAGUCUCGUGUCAUCUCGUGUUCACUCCGUUGACAGAAGGCAGCCACGACCUCGUUCUCCCGCUUCAAAUUGCUGGAGCUUCGAUCGCCUCAGCGUCGCUAAAGCGUCGAGUCGUAGCCCGAGCGAUUGUCCCUCGACUGCGAUUCUCCGCUUCGUCGAUGCACUUUAAGCGCUGCAUCAUCACGCGGGAAGGGAUCCGUAAAGUGCCCUACACGAAGCAAAUCGUUCUAACUAACGACGAUGAGCAGACGAUUCGAUGGCACAUCGACACGACUCGACUAAGACAAGGAAAUCUCGUGCACUUCGCGGCUGGAGCGGCUGCUGUUGUGGCUUCUGGGGCGAGUUCCGGUGCGGCUUUAGCGAAGCGAAUCGCCUCUGUGAACCCUUCCAACAGCGCGACGUCCGUUGUCUUCCACGUUGCUCCAGACAGAGGAGAACUGGCGCCAGGAGAACAAGUGACACUCCGAGUGAGUUUCUUGCCCUUGGAUGCGGUCGAGUACGCGGACGACGAGUUGCCGCUCUUUGUUGACGGAGCGUUUUACGUGAAUUUCAGCUUGAGAGGCGAAGGAAUUUACCCCCAUUUGUCAUUUUCGACCAACCGCGUGGUGCUUCCAACUGUUCCCUUGGGAAUGACGGCGAGUGCGAAGUUUCAAGUGUACGCUACGGGGUACGACCACUUGGAGUUGAACUGUCGAGUGCCGCUAGAUACGUCGCGUGCCCCACUCACAGUUGCCUUCCCACGCGGGAAGACGCUGAGUAUGGCGUGUCCGAGUCUGCCGGUUGAGUUGCGGUUCUGUGCGUCUUCCAGCGUGGCGUUCAACGCACGCGUUGAGUUUUUGGACGCUGAUGGGAAUUCCUUUGCGUUGCCAGUUGCAGGGUGCGCAGAGAAUUGUUUGUUCACCAACUACAAUUUCCUGACAACAUACGGUUUAGCAGCAGAAUUGAGUCAAGAGCUAAAGGGGUCUCCUCAACGAAAAGAAUCCUCUUCUAUUCCCUUUUCAGAUGGCGAGAUCCAGUUGGUGCUGCAGUAUCUCAAUGCCAAUUUCCUUCGAACGCCCGUAGCUCGAUUCCCCGAGGAUUUCGCUGACAAUUCUGGCCGCCCAUUGUACGAAUUGCUGGACAUGGUCUGCGUCAAGAAGCCAGGAGCUCCAGUCAUCCCCAGUCUCGGAGGCAGCUCCACCAACAAGCGAAAGAACGCAGAAGCAUCCAACUCGACGACAGGAACCAGCAAAGCGAAUGCGUCGGCAGCUCAGCCUUCGAAGAAGGACCAACUGACUCAACUGACGACGCAAUUCAUGGAGCUACUGCGCUUCCUUCGCUCGUAUGGGGCCAUGGUGCAUGAUGUUUACCCCGAGCAAUUAUUGGCUCAAGAAUUCUACCUACGCGCGUGUGAAAACCCUCAAGUCGAUCCUGCUCUUCUCUCCUCUCCAUCGCACGCUGCACUGCCGUUUGUCGCUAGGCGAAGGGCUCUUAAAAAAGAAUGGCGCUCGGUGAGUACAACAGCGUGGAUGAAGGUGAUUUACCAGGUUAUCAAGUGUUUUUUACUCUCUCGAAUCACGUGGAAAGGGUAUCAGAUGCAGCUUCAAAGUGACGAGAGCUUUAGUGGAGAAAACACGGCUCGAAGUGACAAGAGAAAAGAUGCAAAGCACACGAAUGCCACCGGACGAGCGUGUCGAGGCAGCAACAUUUACAGUGAAGCGGAGAUGGUGUUGAUCCAGUGGCUUUGUGACCGCGUACGUGCUCUUCACAAGCCUCAGCAUGCACCGUUAGCGUCGCUAGGGGGUGCUCUAUUAGAGACGCAGCUUGUGGAUAUUGGACGAGAUUUACGAGACGGACGUUGGCUCUUUCACCUCAUCGCAGCUCACAUCCCCACGCUCUCAGUGGACCAAAGUGCUUACAAUUGUUUCCGUUGGAUGUCAGAGACCACCAGCUCUCGAAGGAGACCCCCUUCAGAGGCCCAAUUACAGCAUCAAGCGGCUGUUUUACUGCAGACACUUGGAGCUUUUGGACUGGACUUUGGCAUGGAUUCAACCCGAUUUCUACGUGGAUUUACGGGGCGAGAGAUGCUGCUGCUACUGCUACACUUACAGCAGACACUGCCACAGUUUAUACCGAAAGCGACGAUUGAGUUUAAAGGUGGCUUAGGACAAGUUAUGGAGAAAAGUAUUGAGCUCAAGAAUCCGAGUACGAAGCCACUACGGUACCACGUUUUCUUGGAUAAAGGUGACCGAAAUUCAGCUAUUGGAACAGGAGCAGGUGGACCGGAGGCUGCUGCUAGUGAGUUCGCGAUCGAGGCGAAUGAAAUUGUGCUCGAUCCCGGGAAAACCGUCGCGUUUGCCGUCACUUUUCGUCCACGAUUCUCUAGGAAACUCACGGCUCGGUUGGUUUUUCAAGCCGCGAGAGGAGACGCCGCUGGGUCUUCAUCGAUUGGAGGGGGAGGCGCUACGAUGGUUUUCCUACUAGAGUCUAAUAUCGUGUCGAGAAAACCGGUUCGCAUCAUUCAGCUGGAGACCAAGACGUACGAGAAACGCGUGGAAGCAAUUUUGAUUGAAAACCAGUUCCCCACAAAUGCAAAUUUCAAAUUAUCGAUGACACAAUCGCAGUCAGGGACAGACGCUACGACUGGGAUGGCUAACGCAGGGCCUGUUUUACCGUCUUCCCGGGGAGGAAAUCGCCGUCGAUCGGCCCAACCAGGGAGUCAAGGCUUUGGGAUGAGCUCCGACGUCGCUGAAGUGGGACGUAAAAGGUCGACUAUCUCUGGCAAAAAUCGAGGUGAAGACGGGGAUUUCUCGUGGUGCAUUGCAGCUCAACAACCUUUCUAUCUACCGGAAUUCGGUACGUCCGGAAGCAGCAACAACAAUGACGGAGGUGGGGGGAGUGGUGGGCUUUCAGCUCCAGUUCCUGGCCUCAGUGGAGCCUCAAUCUCCAUCCGGAAGAACGGAUCUGCUAAGGUGAAAAUCGAGUUCUUGCCUUUGGCUCCUGGGGCUUAUCGCUGUCAGCUGCUCUUCUUGGACGAGAGUAUCGGAGAGUUCCUCUAUGAGAUCCACGCCGUUGCUAACCUUCCAGCAAGUCUAGAAACACUGGAAAUCCAAUGUGAAGCGUCCACUACAGCAAAUGCUACUGGACCUGGUGCUACUGCAAGGUUCCGAUUUGCUCGAGAAUUAACGAUUCCUGCGAAGAAUCCGCAGCUCACUCGAGCGCUUGCGUCGUUUAUCGAGCGAGCCAAUGGCCAGCUGCAUACGAAACUGAAGGACGGACUCAGAAAAUGCGAAGAGAACCACCACACGAGCUUCCACGUGGACUUUAACUCUCCCUACUUCUCAGCGACCAUCCCGGAGAUAACGUUAGCCUCUGGUACUGGAAAAUCCGUGCCAGUAUCCGGACGAUCUGACACCUCUGGGAUCGAAUCAUCCGGUCCAAAAGCCCCACUAAAGACCAACCAAGCACGACUUGGCUCUCCUCGGUCAGUUCUUGCAGGUCCUAAUAGUGUCUUGAUCGACUUCCAGCCGAAAGGUGCAGGGCGAUACGCCUGUAAGCUGCUGCUACGCUCUCGAAACACAGUCUGUGGCAGUAGCGACGUGCGUGUGUACGACCUCGUAGCCAAAGUCAGAGAACCAAACGUCAAGACGCAGCUGGAGUUUGUGGCUCCAGCUCGCCACAGUAUCGUGCAGGAGAUUCCUCUCUCGAAUCUGACAGACACAACGUGGUCUCUCAAGACCAUUUUCAGCAAUGGGAACACUGAUAAUCCGUCGAAAAUCUCAAUGUUCUCGGGCCCACCCACGCUCGUGGUUCCUGCCAAGAGAUCCGCCACCUACCCUCUGACUUUCACACCGUCGUGGAUGUACCAUGAAACCAAGACGUUUGUGCUUCUGAAUACUGCGACACAGCAACAAUUCGAGUUUGAUCUCAGUGGUUACGGUGAAGAACCCCUAGCGCAAGACCACGUGGUGCUUAGUUGCCAAGCUCGCACUAGCAUCGAGCACAACUUUAACGUGUUCGCUCUGCCUGGAGGCGAUGCAAACGCAGCUCAAGUGUUUAAAGUGGUGUCCGAUCUACGAUAUGUAGUCGGGGCUCCUACGAUCACUGUCCCUGCAGGUAGUGGCGCGAGCCGUAGUGUCAAGUAUCCACUCACCUUCAGUCCGUUAGUCAGCGGCUCGUACUUUGGCUCUGUCACCUUCACGAACGAAUCUACAAAUGAGUAUCUCUGGUACACAGUGGAGGCAUCUGUGAGUCCUCCUGAGCCAGAGACAACACUCGAGAUGAAGGCUGCCGUACGAGGUGCUGUGGGUAUUGAGAUCGGGUUGGUCAAUCCCUUAGACAGCGAAACUAUCUUCGCUGUUGAGCUCCAUGGUCGAGGGUUAUUAGGCCCUACAACUUUCACUCUAGAAGCACGACAAGCAGGCGUCUAUGAGCUGGUCUACUCGCCUCUCUUACUGACGAAAGAAAAUGGAGAGGAAGGCGCCAUUCUCUUCUCAAGUGACGCGAUCGGUCAGUUCUGGUACCGGUUGAACCUCGUAGCGGAGGCAGCGGAGAUUCAAGAACUCGACGACAUGGUCUGUGCUGUGGGAGACGUCUGUACACAGCCAUUGUGGCUUCAAAACCCCAGCGAUCAAGAGCUACAGCUUCAACAUCGUAUCACUAACACCCGCAACUUCUCCAUCAAGGGCUCGAACAGUACCGCAACCAGCUCCGUGAAGCGAGUGGAGCUACCUCCGUUCGGUCGAGCAAGUAUUGUCGUGGAGUAUACACCCUCGUCACUGUCUGACUUCGAGAGUUCCAGUAUCGUAUUCUUUGAAAAAGACGUGGUUAGUGACUGGGAAUUCACUGUUCGAGGUCGAGGGCGAGCUCCUAGUGUGAUGAAGCCUCUUAUAGUCACGGCUCGAGUCAACGAGGCCGCGUCGACGCUGUUUACGUUCAAAAAUCCAUUUGCAGCUCCACUUCGAGUCGACGUCAAGCUGGUCGCUGAGGAUUUCGGGAACUCACCUCCAAGUCCCGUAUUUGACUUACUCUUAAAAAAACGCCACGUACUUCUCGAUAGCUUUGGCUUACUCCAAGUACCCAUCUCUUUCAUACCUCGAGUAGUGAGUGAAACACGAGCAGAACUUGUGGUUCACGGCGGCGACGAGUUUGCAGAACUGGAGUGGCGAUAUCCGUUGCGUGGUGUAGCUGAAGCUCCCCUACAACCUCGCGUCUUAGCUGUACUUGCCUGUCAAGCACGUGACUCGGUUGAGAAAAGAGUAGAAUGCGAGCUUCUGGCUGCACCCGAUGACAUGGAGCUGGCUAACGAGACGUUCACAGUUGAGUGGGAGAUCGAUGCUGGUCGAUUCGGGCCCAUGACGACAGCCGCAGCAAUCGAACGAGCCUUAACCGUGACACCCUUACCAAUGUCGUCCAGUUCAGGCUCCACCCUCUUGCCGUAUACGAUUCGGUUCGAACCUCUGCGUCUGUAUCGUGGCAAUGUCGCACUGUUAGUCAAGAAGAACAGUGGCGGGCUAUGGCGCUUCGACGUCUCGCUGGACGCAGGAGACCCACCUGUCGACGACGUUCUGUCUAUCGAGUCGAGUUUGAACCAAACGUCGUCCGUGAGCUUCCAGCUGCGCAACCAGUUUCGACAACCAGCAGCUUUUCUUGCCGAGUUUUCCGCCGGUUCAUCCAGUGCGUUCACGGUGUAUCCGGCUGAAGGCGAGCUACCUUCGUACGGUAGUGAAGACGGUGCCAUGUUCGUUGUAUCCUUCACACCCACGGGAUACGGCAAGAUGCAGUCUGGCCAAUUAGUGAUCUGCACCGAGGAGAUGCAAUGGACAUUCAACGUGAAAGGCGCUUACCCUGAUGCCACGCCUGGGAGUAGAACCAGCGGACUCGCUAGUAGCUUGAGCUCAAGCGCCUCUCGUGCGAGGUUGGGGAUCACUAACGGGGGCAGUGAGCAACGUGGAGACAGAGCUAAAGCACCACGAAAGUAAAAUGACCAGACUACAAUUCUUUUUUGGUUAAAUAUUCUUCAAUCUAGAGACUGCUAAGAAA